AUGGCUGCUCCUAUUUCUACCAUCGCUGAGAGCAAAGAGCUCCGCGGUCUCAACCUCAUUGCAGCUCACUCGCACAUUCGCGGCCUCGGCGUCGACCCAGAUACAUUGCAACCAAGGCCUUCAUCCCAGGGCCUCGUUGGCCAGGAGAAAGCGAGGAAAGCAGCGGCGGUUAUCCUGCAGAUGGUCAAGGCAGGAGAUAUUGCAGGUCGUGCCGUUUUAAUUGCUGGUCCUCCUAGUACGGGUAAAACUGCAAUCGCCAUGGGCAUGGCACAAUCACUAGGCCCCGAUGUACCUUUUACCACACUCGCCUCAUCAGAAGUUUUCUCGCUGGACAUGUCCAAAACUGAAGCACUCACUCAGGCAUUCCGCAAGUCUAUUGGUGUGAGAAUCAAGGAAGAAAGUGAGAUUAUCGAGGGUGAGGUGGUGGAAAUUCAAAUCGACCGAAGUGUUACAGGGGGUAAUAAACAAGGAAAACUCACCAUCAAGACUACCGAUAUGGAGACAAUCUAUGACAUGGGCACUAAAAUGAUUGAUUCAAUGACUCGCGAACGCGUUAUGGCCGGAGAUGUCAUCUCCAUCGACAAAUCCUCAGGCAAGAUUACCAAGCUCGGUCGCUCUUAUGCGCGCUCAAGAGACUACGAUGCUAUGGGACCUGACGCCAAAUUCGUUCAAACUCCCGAGGGCGAACUUCAAGUGCGCAAGGAGAUUGUGCACACCGUCAGUCUUCAUGAGAUCGACGUCAUCAACUCUCGUUCACAAGGCUUCUUGGCUCUCUUUUCGGGUGACACAGGCGAAAUCAGAAGUGAGGUUCGAGAUCAGAUCAACACUAAAGUUGCUGAAUGGAAAGAAGAGGGCAAAGCUGAGAUAAUACCUGGUGUUCUGUUUAUUGAUGAGGUCCACAUGCUGGAUAUUGAGUGUUACUCUUACAUCAACCGAGCCCUGGAAGCGGAAUUGGCACCAAUUGUUAUCAUGGCCAGCAACCGUGGCAUCACACGUAUCCGUGGAACCAACUACUCCUCACCACAUGGUCUACCCCUUGACCUGUUAGAUCGUGUGUCCAUUAUCAGCACUCAACCUUACACAUCCGAUGAAAUCAGACAAAUAUUGGCAAUUCGAGCCCAAGAAGAAGAGGUCGACCUCUCACCUGAUGCUUUGGCUCUUCUUACUAAGAUCGGUCAGGAGUCUGGCUUGCGCUAUGCCAGCAAUAUCAUCACAACCUCACAGUUGCUGAGCGAAAAGCGAAAAGCCAAGGAAGUUAAUGUCGACGAUAUUCAACGCAGUUACCGAUUGUUCUACGACCCUGCACGAAGCGUUAAAUUUGUCAGCGAUUUUGAGAAGCGAUUCAUCAGCGAGACCGGCGAGGUCAGUCUUGGACACACUAAUGGCGACGCGAUGGAAAUAUCGUAA